AGCGGGUGAAAGAUGGCGGAGGGCGGCGGCGGCAGCGAGGCGGGAGAGGAGGGGCCGAGGGCGGCGGGGCCGCGGCCCCCGAGCGCGCGGGACUUGCAGUUGGCCUUGGCAGAAUUAUAUGAAGAUGAAGUGAAAUGCAAAGCUUCCAAAUCUGAUAGACCUCAUGCUACAGCCUUUAAAAGCCCACGAACACCACCUCAAAGGUUCUAUUCAAGUGAACAUGAAUGCAGUGGAUUACAUAUAGUUCGACCUUCAACUGGGAAAAUUGUGAAUGAACUUUUCAAAGAGGCAAGGGAACAUGGGGCUGUCCCUCUGAAUGAAGCCACAAGAGCUUCAGGUGAUGACAAAUCUAAGGAUAAAUGCCCAGGAGUGCAGCUGCCUGGUCGAAGGUCUUUUACAGGUGGAGGGUACAGAUUGGGUAAUUCCUUUUGUAAGCGGUCUGAAUACAUCUAUGGAGAAACUCAGUUGCAAGAUGUUCAGAUCUUGCUUAAACUGUGGAGCAAUGGUUUCAGCUUAGACGAUGGAGAAUUGAGACCUUACAGUGACCCAACAAAUGCUCAGUUUCUGGAGUCCGUUAAGAGAGGAGAGAUUCCCCCGGAGCUUCAGCACCUGGUUCACAGAGGCCACGUGAAUCUGGAUAUGGAGGAUCAUCAGGAUCAAGAAUACGUAAAACCUAGACUGAGGUUCAAGGCUUUUAGUGGAGAAGGACAGAAACUUGGGAGCCUCACACCUGAAAUAGUCAGUACGCCUUCCUCCCCAGAAGAAGAGGAGAAGUCACUACUUAAUGCAGUUGUUCUUAUUGAUGAUUCCGUGCCAACGACCAAAAUUCAGAUCAGGUUAGCAGACGGGAGCCGUUUGAUACAAAGAUUCAAUAGUACACACAGGAUCCUGGAUGUUCGGGACUUUAUUGUACAGUCCCGUCCUGAAUUUGCAACUCUUGACUUUAUUCUUGUGACUUCAUUUCCAAACAAAGAGCUAACAGAUGAAAGCCUGACACUACAAGAAGCAGAUAUUCUUAACACUGUGAUACUCCAGCAACUAAAAUGAUAUUCCUCCUACCCAUGCAGUAGCAUGUAGGAACGAUAAUGUGCCAUAUUAGUGAGGAAAACACUUAGACUGUAAAAAGUUAUUUUUAUUAUUUAUACAGAUAAAUUUUGGUUUUAUUCUUAUUCUGUCUUCCAGCGUUAGUCUAGACAAAUUUGGACUAGGAAUAGAUCUUGAGAAAUACGUUUGAGGUUUUAGCUGCAAGGGCUGGCUUCUGUUGAUAGCUUUUAAAUAUUCAGGCAAACCAAUUUGAUACAUGAUCAGCGUUAAUGCAACAACAUUUGUUUUCAGAGAAAAUGAACAAAACCCCAUUUUGAUAAAUGCAUUUGGUAAAAUCUGCACUAAAGUUUCUUGAUGCUGCGUUGAUCAACAGCCAUUAAGAAAUCUUCUGAUCAAAUACUUUGAAAAUUUUUCUGUAAUGUAUACUGAAAAGUAUCUGUAUCUGAUUUUGAAGUACUUUGAUCGUACGAUAAUUAUUUCUCCUAUUAAGAUUUUACACAUCCUUUUUCCUUGCUGAUUUAGCUGUUUACUCAUGUCAGAAAAUACAGUUUAGCCUUGUAUUUUACAGGACUCUGACCAUCCUAAACUAGAAACAAAGACAAAGGUCAGCAGUUCCUGAGAUGUGUCCACCAGCACUUUAGCUAACUCCAGUCCCUCGCAGAGCCUGCCGUGAUCACAUUCAUUUAUUCAUCCAACACGUUGUUCCAGAGGACCCACUACAUACACUAAACACUGUUCUAAGUGUUCGACCCAGAGUGUAGUCUACUGCAAGACAAAAUGAGUGUAGAAAUACAGGAAUGUAAAUUCUGUCAGCCAGGCUGGAGCUGAAGAGUUACCAGCGUAAAUGUCUGCGUUUCUCCUGACGCCAGCUAUUUCCUGAGUAAGGGAGGCUACAGCAGGAUGGGAGAAAAGCUCUUCCUUCUUCCCAGACACCAUUUCAUCUUUGGUCACCCCUCCUGGUUAGUCUUUUAUUGUAGUCUUUUAUUGCUGCUGUAACAAAUUACUACAAAUUUAGUGGCUUAAAACAGUCUAGGUUUCUUCUAUAGGUGAGAUGUCUCACGUGGGUCUCACUGGGCUAAAGUCAGGUGUCAACAAGGCAGCAUUCCCUGGGGAGGCUCUAGGGGGAGAAAUGUUUCCUUGCCUUUCCGACUUCGAGAGGCCACCUGCAUUCCUUGGCCUGUGGCCCUCUUCCAUCUUCACAACCAGCAAUACUGUAUGCCUCUGGCUCCAGUGUCAUCACAUCUCUUUGAGAACAGCCGGGAAAGAGUCUCUGCUUCUAAGGACCCGUGUGAUUAGAUUGGUCUGCCAGAUAAUCCAGGAUGACCUCCCCAUCACAAGGUCCACGGUAACCUUAACCAGAUCCUUGAAAUCCCUUUUGUCAUGUAAGGUGACAUAGCACAGGUUCCUUCUGCAGGCACCAGGGGUGGUCUCUUCUUUGCCUCUUCCAACUUGUAGAGGCGGAUGGCGUCCCUUCCCUUAUGGCUGUGUCCCUCCACGUCUCUGCUUCUGUCCUUACAUCAUUUACUUCCGACUUUGAUUCUCCUGCUUUCUUCUUACAAGCACCCUAGUGCUUACAUUUGGUUCACACAGAUAAUCCAGGAUAAUCUCCUCAUCUAAAGUAUGAGUGAGCAUCUGGGUGUGCGUCCUGGGACACAGUUUCUCUCCAUCUGUGAACCUAGAAACCCAGGUAUCUGCUCCCAAAUAUAAGGGUAAGACAGGCAUAGAAUAAUCGUUAACAAACAUUCCUCUUCAAAAAAAUAGAAACUGGAAGGGGAAAAGGAGCCAGCAGUGCCAAGCAAUUUAGAAGUUCAGCCAGGCACGCUCCGUUAGGUUUUGGGGCCUGGGAAUAAUCUCCUGUGGCUCACAGCAGCGUCCCAUAGACGUGUGACUUUCCCUCAGGGUCUUUCCUUAUACAUGAGAGGUAGCAGGUGUUUGCAGCUGAGUAGUUUUAUCAGCUUGUUUCUUGCCUGUGGAAUCGUGGGAGGUUCAGCCACCUUUUUUCAUUUCAUUCUGUCUCUGUCCCUUUUAGUUUAAGACGGCAAUGUCUGUGGGUCUUCUGUGCAUGUUACAGAAGUUGCUCCAUUAGACCAGAGGCUCCUCCCCAGAGCUUUCCUAGAUGAUCCAGCUCUCUUUUUGGCCUUUUCUGAGAUGGCUGAGGGGCUCUGUGAGUCACACUCUUAAUCUCUUUAAACAGCCUUUGAUGUGACCUUUUUUUUUUAAUCUUUCUCAGGUAUUAGCAAAAAGUUAUAGGCCACAAUCUCAUGUCUUUCCUUAGAGCCGUCUUUCCUGACAGUGAAUCUCUUAAUGUCUUUGCCGUUCGCUCGGGUAAACUAAGAUUUCCAAGUCAUCAAGUCCUGUUUCCUUCUUUUUUACCAUUCCUUCCCUCAGUUUAUCUGCUUCCUCUCACGUUUUACCCUUGUCAGUAGGGAGGGCUAGUAGGCUGCGCCUUCCCCGCCUUGCUUGGAAGUCUUUUCAGCUCGGUGUCCCGAGUCUCCCUCACGCCUCUUGCUUUCCACGCGGCUGCAGCCAAGCCUCCUGCCACCAUGUCCCCGGCAUCUGUUUUCCUUCCGCUUCCCGCAGCGCGCUCCGCAUUCCCUCCUGAGCCCUCCCUGGACGCGCCUCUCAGGUCCCUGUCGCUAGUGGGCGUGUCCUCGCAGCAGCCGCACGCCCUCCGUGCCUCCUCGGAGCCGUCCGCACCCACGUGUCUGCCGCAGGGCUCGAGGCAGCCUCGGCGCUCUCUGUCGCGCUCCUAAAACCUCUCCCAGCCUCUAGCCGCUGCCCAGGCGCAGAGCCACCUCCGCACCUGUAGGUCUUUGUUACAGCAGCGCUCACUUCAGGGUGUCUAGAAAAGCCCACUGUGCCUCCUCACUGCCACUUGACUGGAAUGUGCCAGUAGGAGCUUUGGACGUGACCUUUCUCUGGGGCUCCCAUCGCUUCCAGGAGCUGAACUUACCCGUGUGAGGGGCGGAUAGUGGGAGGGCUGCCAGACCUGCCCACCGCGCGAGUGUUGAUCUCACCACCACAGAGAAAACUCGUUCUCAGUGUCGUAAUCCAGAAGAAGAAGCGUAGUGCUAAGUCUUCUCCUCAGCAUGGGAAGCUCUGUUCCUUUCCACUAACUGAAAACAACCUGGAGAAUAUACAAAUGACAAUUCAAAAAGUCAGCCUCUGUUCAGAAAGGUUACCAGGGAUAAACUACAUUUUCAAGGAGCAAAAUCGUAUUCCUGCAGAAAUAAUCUAUUGAAACAAAUUAACAUUUUAAAUAAACGGGCAUUGCCCUGUUUUGGAUUAACAAAAUGGAGAAAACAAUUAACCAGACCCUGUAAAAUUAUUUGAAACGUUAUCCUUGCAGUUUCUUUUUAGUCAAUUAGAUGGAGUGCCUGUAGACGCACAUACAAAAACGACUGCCAUUUCUGUAUAUAAUGGUUCCAAAAUAGAUUCACAUCGGGAGGGCGGAUCAAACGUCCAGAGGGAUGAACAGUACUUCCGUGUGUUCUACAAAGUGUUUUGCUUCAUUUAGAGUUUUCCUGAAUUCUUUGUACUGUUGCAGUCGCUGUAACUUUUAAAAUUUAUAAUCCUCUCAGAAGAGAUUGUGUGACGUCAAUUGUUUUGCAUGACGUGUGUGUAAGGACGUUUUCACUUACCAAUAAAGAAUGUUUUCACUGAAAGU